CAAUCGAGACACAUACCAAUACCAAAUGCCAUCCCCCCUUGCCCUCAAAACAAACUACUCGUGACCUCUUUCUCUUCUCCUAACCACCCGGUCCAAGUCUUCCCUUCACUUUUUUUUAGCCUAUUCUUCCUUUUCCUGACCUAACCAUCUUUCUCUCUCCUCUCUCACCCCCAAAUCUCAAUUUUCUCUCUCCUCUUAUGCUCCCAUGGCUUCCGAGGAAGACCGCCCUAUCUAUACGUUUGAUGAUGAUGGCGACGAUGACGAUGAUAGUGAACCUCUUAAUGGCGCAGUUCCUGAUGAUGAUAUUCAUGUAGAUUCUGAAUCUUCAUCUGGAGAUUACACCAUUGCUGGACAUUCUAGUGCUGUUACUAUUGCUAUACCUUCUUCUUCUUCUAUUUCUGUAGCUGUUCCUCCUCCUGUUAAUUCAUCUAAUGCUGUUACAAUCGCUCUUCCUGAUCCAAAACGGGAGAUUUCUGGUUUUCCGAUUGUGAAUCCUGAGAAAAAGCCGAUCGAUGAUUCUAGAAGGCUUUUUCAACGUCUUUGGACGGAUGAGGAUGAGAUCGAGCUUCUUAAUGGUUUUCUUGAGUAUACCUCGAGUCGUGGUACCACAUCUUCUGGUCAUCAUCAUGAUACAGCCGCGUUUUAUGAUCAGAUCAAAUCAAAGCUUCAAUUUGAGUUUAAUAAAAGUCAGUUGGUUGAAAAAUUGAGGAGGUUGAAGAAGAAGUAUCGGACUGUUUUGAGUAGGAUGAGUUCUGGUAAGGAUUUUGUUUUCAAGAGUCCUCAUGAUCAACAGACUUUUGAGAUUUCGAAAAAAAUCUGGAGUCAUUUGUCUACAAAUUUUCGUGGUGUGGCUGAAUUUGAUGAUGAUGAUCAAAACCCUAACCCUAAUGCUAAUCCAUCUGUUCUUGCCUCGGCGACUCCCCCACGGCCUCCGAAUAGCAGCUUUGUUAUCAGUCAUAUCAACCUCAACAGUGUUGCAGCUACGGGAAAUUCUUCUUCACCUAUGAUGGUGGAUCAUAAGCCAGGUAGUAUUGGAAAUUAUAGCAACAAUAUUAGUGCUGUCACUUCUAAUAGUACUGUUGGUUUUGAUAUGAUGAUGUCGAAUUUGAAUAGUCCUGCUGCCAAAUUGUCCUCGAGGAAGAGGCCUAGGGUUGGAAAAAUUGAUGAGAAGUUUGUGAAACCUGUGAAUUUGGGAGGAAAUGUUGUUGGCGAUGGUGUAAAUGGUGAUCAAAAUAGUAAUGUUAACAACAUUAAUAAUAAUGUUGAUAAUAAUAGUAGUAAUAUCAAUCUUGGUUCAACAAUGCAGGGGUUAAUAGAGGAGGCUGUGAGGAGUUGUUUGUCGCCAAUGGUUAAAGAGCUGGUGAAUAAUGCUGUAAAUGGUGUAGUAUUUGGAAGCAGUGGUAGUGGGAUUAAGGGAGUUGGGGAAUUGGCUUUGAACGCGGUUCCUUUGAAUUUUUCAGGGUCGAAUGUGUUGGGGGGUAAUGGUGGCGAGGUAAUGGAUGAGAAGUGGAGAAAGCAACAUAUAUUAGAGCUUGAGGUGUAUUCGAAACGGUUAGAGUUGGUUCAAGAUCAAAUUAAGUUAUCAUUGGAGGAGCUCAGAUCGCAAGGGAGUUAAUUUUGCGUUUCAUCAGGGUGAUCAGAGUAGGUUAGUUUAUGCGGAUUUGUGAGUUUCUCUAAUUUAUUAAUCCCUGUUUGAUUGAGGUUGAACCAAAUGUUGAUUUGGUUGAUUAUUAUAUAGGAUAGUAAGUUAGAGUUGAUAGAUUUCUUACUCUUUUUAGUGACAUAAAAGAGCUGUUUAAUUAUGUUAAAUGUAUGUGUGCAGCUCAUUGCGCAGCUCAGUUUCAUGUAUAGCAUCGAUUUGAAUAGAUAAGCCGGGAUUCAUAUUAACGUAUUAUGUGAGUGAUUUGCUUCAAGGCUUGUUUAAAGCCUUCUGUACAGUUGAUCAAUCCAAGUAUUAUUUUAACAGAAUAUUUACAUUACAUGAUCUUUGUCUUUUAAGAAUGUUUUUAUUCCAGUACUAUCAACAUAGUUAGCAUAUUUCCAUGUAUGGGGAUGGGGUGUAGAAUUGUAAGUGAAUUGGCCAUAGGUAAAGCUACAGUGCUCUGUAAAUCCAUCGUAGAUAUAUCUUCUAUGAUAUUAGAUGCAUUCAAGGUGCAAAUGUCUGUUUUGGAGAUAUCUCCUGAAGUAUUCUAGAGAAUAAUGUUAGUUUUGGAGAUACCUCUUCUAGGAAGUAGAGUAUUUAGAUGAUAAUGUUGUUCUGCUUUGUAAAUCUUGUGUUAGAACUAUGCUUUGAAGAAUCCAUAUUAUUAUAUGUAGGGUUCAGGUUCUUAGUUGCUAAAGAACGCAUCCAAUGAUUCCUUGAUGAGGUAUGGGUCAUAGCCAUAGGAUUAAUCCAUCUGUCAUAUGAGCUAGGGUGUGCCCGAGCCCAAAACCAGUAAAAAUAGUAGGACCAGUGACUAAACCGGGAUUAUCCUGUCUGGUCUGACUCAGAUUUUUCUUUGUCCAGGCCAGUUUUAGACUAGAUAAACCGUUGAUAUUUUCCUUUUUCCUUUUGUGCUAGUUCAUGGUCUUGGUAUAAUUUAGUGCCAAUACUGAAUUCAGUAGGACGAACAUAUGGUCACCAGUCACCAGUCACCAGUCACCACCAUUGUUUUAGUAGCCUGGAGCCCCUGUUCUCUUUUUUUCGUUAGGCACAUGGGAUUCCCCACAUUUUCUUUAGUCUUAUCCCUUCUUUUCUCAUGUGUCUAGGUCCAUGAUCUUUGGUUCUCCCUUCUUGCCUUAACUUGUGGGACAACAUGGCCCAACUUAGGUCUUAGAGCACCUUCCGUUAAGUGAGACACACGUUUGCUUUCUGUGAGGCUGAGAAUCUGUUAUCAAAUAAUUUGUCUGAUAAAAAAAUGCAAAUGAUCAUAAUCUGAAGCUUAUAAUCUCCUAAUCACAGCUAGUAUAUUUAACAAAAGUAGUGAUUGUUCUCUUUGAUGAGUCGCUUAGACCUAGAAUAUGAACUGUAGGAAGGAACAAAUUCGUAAUGUACCAGCUGAAAUUGGCGAAGAGGCUGAUAAAACUAGAAUUGAGAUGCCUUUUUUUUCCUCUUUAAAAAUCAAUGGCGGACAGUGGACCUUAAAUUAUUUGUUUUCCUCUUGGGAAUCUGACACUUUUCAAUGCCGUAUUAAAUACUGUAAUCCGCUAUUUCAUUGUUUGGCGUUUAAAAAGUCUAAACGAUCCGUUUGUUAAUCGGUAUUAAAUGGUAGAAAUAAUAAUGUAAAUUUAAUGUAAUUUUGGUGGGAAAAUCUCUUGAUUUAUUA